AUGCUGUCUACCUGGAAAGCAACAGCUGUAUGGCUUUUCUUUGCAUUCGAACGGGUCCUGACCGCACAAACACCUCUGUCGAGUCAAGCACCGUUAUCCUUUUACACGGGGAUCGAAAAUGAUCUUCGACAAUGGGAUCUCGGUGAAGCGCCUGCGGUGAAUGCGACAGGACAUCUGGUGUUCGAAACGGCCAAUUCCCUGCUUCAACACUGGCCCAACACGCGUUAUCGUAUCGGUCAUACAAUAGUCCCAGGGACCAUUCCCGUAGGCACUCUCCUCUACCAUGGAGCCCUCACCGGUCCCCAUUUACCGACCGCUCUGGAAUGGGUGUCUGUAGAGCCAGACCAUUCCAUAGGUUUCUGCCAUGGGUCAAUCGAAACAGGGUGCUGGCACCUCACCCUUAAAGUCACUCGGCCGAUGAAAGAUCUCGUGGCGUGGUCGAAGAUGAAACCCGAGUGGGUGGACAAUGAAGAGCAGCGCAUUAUGGAUCUGUGUAAAUGGGGCCAGAAAUAUGGUGUGAAUGGCUUUAUGAGGAUGGAAAUGAAUUUUGAAGUCAUGAUCUGCGACUUCACCUCUCACAUGGAGGUCGUCUCGUUCUUACAUCUCGAGAGCACUCGUUUCGGUUACGGCUCACCUACGGAUCCGCCAGAGAACCUCGAUACUGUGCAUUAUUGUUAUGAAUUAAUGCAUUCUACUUCAUGGCGCGAAAUGCAUCCAGGAGAAACCCGAAUUAUGCUUGAUCUUUCUGGGCUAGUCUCUUUCUACGACACCGCUCUUGUUCCCUCCUUGGUGCCGCGCCGUGUAGGCUUGGAGCGAUGGGAUCAUCGAGUGCAAGGAAUAUCAUCGGAGGAUAUAGAACGCGUCCAAGACAGGUUAGCUCAAGCGUUGAUACAACCACCCGUGACAACCAGCGGCAUUGACUGGAAGACCGUUUUGCGGGUGGUGGUUGAUAGAUAUGCCAGUCGCCUGGAGAUGAUGCAGUACCUUGUGAACAUGACGCUGGACGAUAGGUCGAUGUUUGGCCACGCACAACAAGUCCAGAGGCGACUGCGUACCGUGCUUUUGCCCUACACUGUGUUUGCAGCUCUACCUCCCUAUAGCUCUGUCACUGCAAACACGAAAAAUUCGUGGGCUGCACCAAGUUUUUCGGGAAUGUGCUACAUCGCACACGGCCUCCAUUGUAGCUCAUGGAACGACAUUGAUGCCCUCUGA